ACCCGUCAAAGCAAACUAACUAUGAAACUGCCCAUAGCUUUAAACAGAAGCGCUAACCGACUCUUCACUUCCCAAGCCCCACCUUUUUUCUUCCGUCCUUUGAUCUCCUUUCCUCUAUUGAGAAUAUCCCCAAUUCGCCCCAACACUGCAAAUUCCUCCUUGAAAUUCUCUUCCUUCAAAUCCACCGGACCGUUUCUUCGAUUUUACAAUUCAACAAUGGCGAUAACUACUGCUACUACUACUACUGCAUCGUCUCACCCGCCAAUUCAGGUCAGAGACCACAUCGAAUUAACCCCAAAGGAGAAGGAAAUUUUUUAUCGGCUUCUUCAAGUUAUCCGCCAUUUUGAUCUCGAAACUGAACUCCGUGUUGCCGGUGGCUGGGUUCGUGAUAAGCUUCUUGGUAAAGAUAGUGAUGAUAUCGAUAUUGCUAUUGACACUAUGUCGGGAAGAGAGUUUUGUGAAAAAAUCAAUGAGUACUUGUCAUAUACUGGUGAGGAAACUCCAGGAAUUGGUCUUAUUCAGUGCAAUCCUGAUCAGUCAAAACACUUGGAAACAGCUAGGAUGCGCUUGUUUGAUGUAUGGAUUGAUUUUGUUAACUUAAGAUCUGAAGACUAUAGUGAGAGUAGCCGUAUCCCAGUGAUGAGAUUUGGUACUGCAAAGGAGGAUGCAUAUCGUAGGGAUUUAACCAUUAACAGUUUGUUCUACAACAUUAACAAAGAUUCAGUGGAAGAUUUGACUGAAAGAGGCAUAUCAGAUCUUAAAUCUGGAAAAAUAGUGACUCCAUUGCCUCCAAAGCAAACCUUUUUGGAUGAUCCACUGCGAGUUCUUCGAGCUAUACGUUUUGGUAAACCUACUACAUGCCUUGUGUCAUCUCCUAACAAUUGGAUCAUCGAUUCCGGUGCAACAGAUCAUAUGACUGGUAAUAAAGGUGCACGGUUUGGUUUUGCUUUGGAUGAAGAGUUGAGAAAAGCUGCUUCUGAUGAGGAAGUCAAAGCUGCUAUUGCAAAUAAAAUCAGCAGAGAACGUAUUGGUCAUGAAAUUGAUCUUAUGGUAUCUGGCAAUCAACCGGUGAAAGCAAUGACCUAUGUUUCUGAUUUGCAGCUUUUUGGUGCCGUGUUCAGUCUUCCUUUGGAGUUUGAGCCUGAAAUUCCCGAUAGAUAUGAUAGGGUUUGUGUUGCUGACUUUGAUUCUGCUUGGAGACUUUUGGAAGCAAUUGGUUGCCCUUUCAGUGCAGAUCAACAGCGGCUGUUUCUGUAUGCUGCUUUGUUUCUUCCAUUUAGAGAGAAUGUGUACAAAGAAAAAAAAGCUAAAAAGAUUCCAGUUGUCAGUUACAUCAUUCGCAAUUCUCUCAAGCUAAAGGCCAGUGAUGCUGAGAUGGUCAUAAGCUUGCAUAUCGCAACAAAAAAGUUUGUGUCCUUGAUUCCUUUUGUAGUAUCCAAGGAGGAUAUACAGAUUCUUGAAGUUGAUUGGAAAAGAGAAAUAAUUGAUGUCCCUUUUGCUUCAAAACUUAGAAUAUUGGCUGGAUUACUCUUACGAGACAUUAAAGACUUUUGGCGGGCUGCAUUACUGCUUUCUAUGCUGUUAUACCCUACAGAUAUUUAUUCUGCCACCAGUUCUUUUGAAUUUGACAAGAGGAGAGAAGUAUAUAACAUGGUUGAGGAAGCAAUUCUGGGAAAAGGUCUAGAUAAAGUUUGGGAAGUAAAACCGUUGGUGGAUGGAAAGGAGAUUAUGAGUAUUUUGGAUCUUAAGACUGGCGGACCACUUGUCAGAGAAUGGCAACAGAAGCUGAUUGAGUGGCAGCUUGCCCAUCCCUUUGAAUCUAAAGAUAAAUGUAUUCAAUGGAUGAAUGAAGCAUCCUCCAAGCGCGCAAGAUUGGAGUAACUGUUGCAGUACUCAUGGAUGCAAAUAUCUGGCUCCUGUUUGCUCAGCUGUGUGCUUGGUGUCAUAUUUGAAGAUUGAAAACUGUGGUUCUUGCUGCCAAUUUUACUUCCCCUGGCAGCCUGCGCAUAGUAGGGUCACAAUAUCUGUAGAUCAUUGUUAAGUUGUACAGCAUUUUCCUUCUGAAGGCAUAUGAUUAACAAAGUAUAUAUCCCCAGUGAUACCAGAUAAUAACCUAACCUCUCCAGUGCGCUAUUAUAGGAGAUUGCUAGAAAGAUAGAUGAAAAUUUCUCCCAAAACCGGAUAUGGGGUAGGUGCGUCGCUAGCCAGUGGUGCAGAAUUUUUGUACAGUUUAGGAAUGCAUGCUUUUGCUGAAAAUCUAUGCUUUUCUGGUAAAGAGAUGGAAAAAUUUAUACUUAAGAGUUCAAUUCUUCACUCA